AUGUCUACAAUAGCCUCACCACGCGAUCCUCCUCGCCGUACUCCCACAAACUCCAACCGUCCCUCCUUCGAAACCUCUCGGUCCGCACUGGCGUCUCCUGUUCUCACACAAGGACCUACACAGCCUCCUGGGCCUCCUCAGCAACAGCAACGUAAAACGUCUUCGAAUCGCGCUGCCCUUCGGGAGUACUACAAUCUGCGCGCCUCAGCCCCUCGUAUAGAGAUUCCCGAUUCUGAAGUCCCAGCCACUGAGAUCGAUGCCCCUGACUUUGACGCCGAUGAAUAUGUCGCCAAGAUUGUUGAGAAGAGCAGCCUUGAAGAGCUUUUGAGGCUAUAUACCCGAGUUGCGGGAGAAGUGCGUGCUCUGGAUGCAGAGAAGAAGGCGUUGGUAUACGACAAUUACAGUAAGCUUAUUACAGCAACAGAGACUAUUCGCAAGAUGAGAGCAAAUAUGGAUCCCUUGAAUCCUAUGGCCUCAACACUCGACCCGGCAAUCGCACAAAUCUACAGCCAAGCAUCUUCCAUCCGAGAUGCCCUCCGGGAAACCGUUCCCUCACCAGAUUCUGAGGAGGGCAAGAAACGAGACGCAGCAACCAGACAACAACGGACAAAAGAACUCGCAGCACAGGCUCUAGCGACACCUGGAAGAUUACGUGCUCUUGUCAACGAGGGCAAGAUUGCGCAAGCGCGCAAAGAGUGGGUGAUGCCGCGAAAACUGCUAGAAUCAUGGAAAGAGAAAGGACUUGGUGGCAGUGAUGUCGAAGAGUGUAUUGAAGAAGGUGAUGAGGCGUUGAGACCGGCCGAUAAUAAGAGCAGCGCUUCAAGCCCACGGAUAUCGAGGGACGAAAGACUAUCAAGAGACGAAAGACGAUCAAGAGAUAGUCGUGCGUCAAAAGACGGACGGUCAUGA